AAUGGUGUGGAUGGUCGGUUCGGAUCACGGCGCUUGCAGGUAAUGACGGUUGAGGAGGUGCGAAGCGAACAAACUUCUUCUAUGAUCGAGCUAUCACGACGUAACGAUACACUAUAUCCUUGCAGUAACAGCGAGAUAAGAUAUGGAUAUUACGACCGACACGAUAGACAACGCGAUACGCACGACAUGAUGGCGAUCAAUUGA